GUAAGGUUUUUUCAUCGCAUUUCCCCCUUUCGUCCCUAGCAAUCUUUGGCUGGUCGAUCAAUAGAUAUGAGUGAUCUUAUAACAGCUAGUGUAAUUGACGUUGCUAUUUUAAUAUACAAAAAAUCACGAAUAUUCGUCAAGAUAGCGCAAAAUGUUAAUAACACAACAUGCUGUUAUAAGAUCUGUAGAGCUCGCAACGUUGGGGUCUAUUAAUGCACAAUCUGGCAACCGUGUCGUACCCUCAAAAAAUGGCCGCUGACAACCACAUAACUCAAACUCACCGUAUUGCCAUUGAAUAGCAUGGAAUUAAACCCAGGGAUAUUAAACCUUCAGUUGUUUUGUGUUGUGGUGUGUGGCACAAUGGCACGUGUGUGGUGUCUUCUGUUUUGAUUUGCUUUAUAUAAAAAUGUUUGUAUUUGUAAUUUUUUAAAUCCAAUAAGGCAGUGUAACAGUCUUAACAUUACACUUUGAUAAAUUCUGAAGUGUGAAAGUUGUCUUGAACUGCUUUUUGUGUGAUCUUUGGAUCUUCCUCAUGCAGGGCAUAUACUUGAUACUCAUUCAUUGUAUCCUGAAAUUAUCAUAUAAUAGGAUGAUUGUAAAAUUGUGAAGGUAAGAUAAUAUCAAGUUACAUAGGAUAUAUUACACUUUGUUGCAAAAAAAUCGUAAUAGACAGAUUCUCGAUUUGCGCAAAAAAAUUCCCCAUGGAAUACAUCUUGUAAUAUAAUUGUAAAAUUUUGUAAAUGCAGUGAAGUAUGAAAACAACUUUAAUGAACUGCUAUACUUGGAACAGAUUACAAUGUGAAAUAUUUGAUCAUGUGUGAUGCUAAAACCAUGGACACGAUCUUAAUGCCUAUGCCACUCUUUUCCCCCUCAUUGACCCAGUCAAAGAUCUUCAAAAGUUUGAAACCAAAUCUCUUUGAUCAGCUUAGAAAAAUAUGUUUACAUUCUCAAUUUGGUCAUUCUUGUAUGGAAGUGUCAUCAUCCGCAAUUGGAUUUGUGGUGCAUGUAUCAUGUCACUUUCUGCCUCUUGAUCAGUCUUAUCCAGUUUACUACAGCACUGAUAUUUGCUCUAGAUGAUUAUGAAAUACAAUACUUUUGAUUGAAAAAACACUUAAAUUCAUUUGUUGGGGAGCUUUAAUGCCACACAUGCUUACCACCUACACAUGUUAAACUUAUAACACCUCUCCUUUUUGCAUCCGUUUAAAAGGGGGUAGUAAUUGGCACCAAAAAAGAUGAGUUUGUGAAAUGUAUCAAACUAUACCAGUGGUAGCAUGUCAAACUUGCUCAAUAUCAGAUGAAGACACCAAUGCAAGAGCUAGUGAGGAAUAACUUCUAACUAAAUUGAGUUAUUAUUUACCUGUUUCUGCAUUGCUUAAAAUUAUGUAUUACUCAUUGGAAGAAACAAGGCUACAAUCUUAUAAGAUUUAUACUAACUCAUAGUUAAAUCCUUCUCUACUCAUAAUUGGUAUCAACAAUUUUUGUUUCUUGCUUGAGAACUUAAAUCUAAUGGACUUAACUAGUUCUUGAAUUAUAGUCUUCGAUUGUAAUUUUUGCUGCCAUCAGUAAUAAUCAAUAGCAAUAUUUUAACCAUUGCUUAAUAUAUUCUACCUGAAUAUAGCCAACCAUUGUAGCGCUUUCUAUGAGAUAGUAGCAGAACCACAAAUGAAUUUGUAUCAUCAGAUGUUCCUACAAUUGUAUUACCACUUUAUGGCCUCCUUGAUUUUCAUAGUCUUUUUUCUCCUCCAGAAAGGCUGUGGUAUUUCUAGAUGUCUACUGUUUUGUGUGAUAAAAAUCAAGUUUUAUCAGCCUGAAAUUUCUUAGGAUUCAAAAAGAAAAUAUAACCUCAAAAUACUUUAACAAAACAGUAGAAAUCUGGAAAUACUCCUGCCUUUCUGAAGGACAGGAAAAACUAUGAAAAUUAAAGAGGCUAUAAAUGCAUCCUACAAAUGUAGGAAUAACUGAUGAUAUGGCCCUAAGUUCGGAAAGAGUUUGAGUUUUGUUUCUACUACUGUCUCACAGAUGACACUAGUAUCUUCAAUCCCUGUCUGGCACCUAUGUAAUACAUAUUUUAAUUGGGUAUAUUUUGGCAUUGCUUAUCAUAGUCAAUUUUUGCCCUAUAUUUUACUUGACAUUAAAAUAUGUGAUCAAAUAAUAUUUAUUGUGUUUGACUUCCUGCCUUUUAGUAACAAUGGAUAAUCCAAGAAAACCAGUACUAUUGGAUCAAAUCCCACAAAAAAGUAUAUCUGCUAAGCUAGGCACAAUGCCACAGAUACAGUGUUGGGUACCAGAAUGUAAUUCUACUUCUGAUCAUUUUCUUAAGAAAACAUUUUAUUCAUUACCUGCAGAUCCUGUAUUGAGAGAUUUUUGGUUAGCUGCUGCAGGUAGAAAAUUUGAUUUCUCACUUCAGAAUAUUUGGUUUUGUGAAAGGCAUUUUCACAUAGACAGAGAGGGUGUAUUGGCUAAUUUUCCUGUAUACCAUAUGCCUAAAAAAAUAUGUAGGACUUGCUUGGUAACCAUAGAAGAUAAAAAAUAUGCUGUAUUAAACUAUAACAUAAAAUCAACAAUGCCAAAUUGUGUACAGCAAAUUUUUGGCAAUACCAGCACUGUACCUCUACUUGAAGUGUUACAAUUUUGUACUUCAGAAAUGGUAAGUUUUCCAUUUUGCUGUAAAAACACAUAUUACAAUACUUCUUAAUCCAUUCAUAUAACUUCAAAUGGUGCAAUCAAUCUCUUGCUAAAGUUUAUCUUGUAUAGGAUUCCAUAUCAAAG